ACAGCCCAUAAUAAGUGCAUUUAGCACACUUACUAUAGUUACUAUGUCAGUUACUACAGAAUAUGGCAGUACCCUUCUUGCAGCAGAUCUAUCAUAUUGGGUACAGGGCUUCAUUUCUCAUACCACAGAGGGCAUCAAUAACAGUGAGACUAUUGCCAGCUUAUCUCUAUCCAAAGCAAGGCAUUCUCCAUGUAAUUCACAUGCACAUGUUUCAAACAGCCAAUCUUGAAACAUGAACACAUUUUCUGAUAGAAAUCUUAUAGAAACGUUCUUAUGAAAUAAAGCUGCAUCUGAAUAUACAAGGCAAGGGGAUUGCAGUGUUGAUCAAGGCUGGUUGAUAGGUGUGGAUUGGUGGGGUGUGAUGGGUUGGUUGAUGUGCUUGGGUUGAUUAUGGUCUAGAUACAGUACAGUAUAGCUGGGUGAUAUGCAGUACAGAGGGACUUCCUGGAUUGCAGCACCAGGUUAGAGGGAGGUGUAACAGACUGGGGACAUGAAGUGACAGUUCACACCCAUCAGAGACUCACACAGGGCUCACAGUCAAUAGGAAGAGAGAGCACACAGAGAGAGUAGACACAGACAGAGAUCGUGACCAUUAGACAAAGAGGAGAAAGAGGAGAGAGACCCCAGUGUUGUGGUUGAUUCAUCGAGGCAGUAGAGGCAGGAUGUGGGUCCUCAUCUGGGCAGCUCUACUUCUCUCUCUGACAGAGAGAACCACAUGCCCAACUCUAACCCAGAAGCCCUCAGUGUUGACUCCUCCUCUGACAGAGGGAGAACCAGCGACUCUGACCUGCACCGCCCCAGGAAUCGUCUCUGGAUCUCCUCCUAACAUCACAUGGACAUGGAGAGGGACAGGCGACAACAUCACUGAGCUUCGAGACAACACCACCAUACAGAGGAGAGAGGACCUGACCAACGUGACAACAACCCACUUCUCAACUUUGACCUUUACCCCCUCAGCUGGGCACCACAACAUGAUGGUUACGUGUCAAGUAACCUUCCAGAAAACAUAUACAUUUAAAGAGACAGUAACUUUGAAUGUGUCAUAUGUGAAAGACCCCCAAAUAACUGGACAUAAAAUGGUGAAGGAGGAUGGUACCCUGGAUCUGACCUGCAGUGUUGACAGUGAAACGCCAUCUGACAUCACUUGGAGUAAGAAUGGGACAAGUCCCCCACUUCAGAAUUACAUUGAAAAUGCCACUCUCACCAUCUCCAAUGUGACAAGAGAACAUGCUGGGGAGUAUGUGUGUACAGUUCAUCACCGCAACAGGACAAUGACAGCUUCCACUGUUGUCAAUGUGAUGUACCUUCCUGUGAUUCUUCCUGGCUCUGGGUGUGUGGACCAGGCAGAGGUCAUGACCUGUGUGUGUGUCAGUCAGGGGGUUCCCUUACCCCUCAUAGAGUGGCCACUGCUGGAGCUCAACACAGAGAACACAACGUCAGCGUUGGGUUCCUCAGUGAACAGCACCAUCAGCCUGCUUGUUGGAAACUACAACAACAUCACUGUGGAGUGUGUCAGCAGCAAUGUGGUGGGUGUAGUGAGAGAGAAGUUGCAGAUCACCCAAAAUAAGAGCCAAGAAAAGCAAGAAGAUAAGGAAUGGGAAGACAUUAUAGCUAUGCUGUCAGACCUAAAACUGAUUGCUGCAUUUGUGAUUGGUGCAGCCUGCUCAGCCACCAUCUGUUGUAUCAUCCUGUGUUUGACAGGGAAAUGUAAAAGGCAAAAAAAGAGGAUCCCAAAGGAUUCCAAAACCCCUUUCCUAAACCUGGAGAUGGUGGCAUGUGAAGACCAACAGACGGAUGCAGGACAGACUGUGGGGGGUGAACAGAACCCUCUGCAGUUGAAGCUGAGAGGAGGAGCAGAAAACGGAGGGACCCAGACCAGUGGAGCUGCAGGAAAAUUUGACACAAGGGAAGAACCAAAUGAAGUGGACUACGCCAGUAUCAACUACUCCCUGCUGAAGAAGAAGACUCCUGAGGAGGCCGAGAAGAAGACCACCACCGCAGAGUCAGAGUACGCCAAAAUUAAACGAGAGAAGAACGAAGGGGAUGAAGAUGGAGGAGAGGAGAGUGGAAUGAUGAUGAUGAUGAUGAUGGGGAAGGAUGAGGAGAACGAGAAUGGUAAGCCAGCAGCAGAGACAGAUGAGCAUACAUCGCUUUACUCCAACGUCAAGGCUAUUAUGGGUGGUGGAGAGUGACGCAGAUAUUUUCACUAGAAACAUGGGGGAUAGCAUGCAGUAUUAUAUAGCCAUGUGUUCCUUUAUCAUUUUCUGAAUCCAGAUUGAAUGUUUUAUGUUGAUACUGGGACUUUUGCUCAACUGAAACUACUGUAGUUUUGGUGUUGUUUCCUCAUGUGCCAAAUCAAGUUUGAAUGUUUUAUGAUAAUACAGAGACGUUGUUUAAUAACUGAAACUACUGUAGUUAAUAGUUUUGGUAAAUGAUUUAUUUUACAGCCCUGUGUCAGAUGGUACUGUAUGUAUCUGGUGGUUGUAACAUUUUCAAUAGGAAUAUUUUCUAGUUGUACAUAGAAGCAAGUUUUGGUCAAGUUUUUAUAAAGUUUUUCAAGGAAGA